AUACAUUUUGUCACGGUUCCCAGUGACAAGAGACAUUGUUCCUCCAGAGGCUCAUAUGACAGCAGUGACUUACUGUUUCUGAAUUGGUCCAGCAGCACUACCAGAGAACCCUGCCACUACACCCCAUGGACACCCCUCUCCAAAGACGGCACCAGGUACAAGAACGAUAGCUACUACACCCAGGAGGAGCCCCUGAACUUCUGCCUAUCCUCCAUGAGUGGUGGGCCCAAACCUCAGAGCAUGGAUCAUCCAUGGGACAUCCGCACAGGGUCCGCCAUGCGAAAGGGCCCCAGCGGGACCUACACACCAGGCAGACAAAGCAAGUACAAUCACCUGGGGAAGACUAGAUCCUACAGGAUAUCUCCAGGAUAUCACGCUAACAGACAGGAAGCAUCUCAGAACAAGCUGUACGGAGGCCUCCACAGCCCUGAGGUGGAGAGCUACUGCGAAGAUGGCAUGAAGACAGACAACAGGUACAUGGGCGGCCAUCUUGACUGUUACAAUGGCAUGGUGUUGCCUGAGACGGCCAUAAAAACAGAGCAGGACUCUGACUCAGAAAACGGUUGCAAUAUCUACGGCAUGCCCCAAAAUAGAGCCUGGGUGGGGAACGAAAAGCGCUACAUGGGCUACUCAGAAGAACCACAGGUGAAGUCAGAAGCUGACUACUGUGAACAAUACACCACCUGCCAAAAGAACAAGACCAACAUGAGCCCAAUGCUCAAUGGACACCAUAAAUACUUAUAUACAGCGGGGAACAGGGCUCAGAAGGAUCAUAGGAUACCACACUCAGACUCUCUGUGUAGCAGUCAGGGAGAAAACUGUAUGGACAUCAGUGUAUAUGGCUACAUGGAGCAAGACAACAAACUGAACUACGAGUUCAGGAAUCACCUGGUCCACGCUAUAAAGAGGGAACCCAUGGACUCACCUCCAUGGUCUGACAGUGGCCAUGACAUUAGCCAAAUACCCAUGCAGAGAAAUAUGAUUCCCAACUCAUCAAUGAAUGCUAUUGUAUACAAACCAAACCCAUAUAUCUACAUGCAAUGAGCUCAAGGGACAAUCUUAAAAACCAUCUGGACUCCACCUUGCUUCUUUAUUGUAUUGAUUCUUAAAAUAGCAGGGUGGGUUUAUACUCAACUCAGGUAAUCAACAGUGUUACAAAGCAGAAAGAUAUGGAAGCAAUGGAGAGAUGUUUUUAUAUGACAUGAAUAUGACUUGCAGAACCUACUGCAAUUCACAUGAGUUCUACAUUUGUUUUUUUUAACACAUUUCAUAACUUAACGUUUUUAAACCAAGCCAUGUCACCCGUCAUGUCAAAUUAACUGUAUUUCUAUUCAAUGCAUUUUACAGCAAAUGGAACAGAAAAUACAUGCAUUGAUUAAUUAAAUUGGGGGCUCCUGAGUUGCGCAGCGGUCUAUGGCACUGCAUUGCAGUUCUAGAGGCAUCACUACAGACCCUGGUUCGAUCCCGGGCUGUAUCACAACCGGCUGUG